AUGGCUUCCGACGUGCCUGCUCCUGUCCCUGCGGCAGCGCCCACCACGGGCGUUUCCGCAGCCAAGAAGAACGAACAAAAGGAGAAGGCCAAAGCCGAUAAGGCUGCCAAGUUCGCGGCCAAGCAAGCGAAGCUCAAGCAACAACAACAGCAGCAGCAGCAGCAGGCUCCGAAAGCUGCCAAAGCUCAGACGCCCUCUCUUCCACCCUACAAGGAUGAAACGCCGCCGGGUGAGAAAAAGAUUAUCCAGCCCUUUGAUCACCCUUACUUCCAGGCGUACAAUCCCAGCGCUGUCGAGUCCGCCUGGUACUCCUGGUGGGAGAAAAGCGGCUUUUUCCAGCCUCGCAUGCCUGUGGAGGAAGGCAAGAAAUUUGUUAUCCCUCUGCCACCCCCUAAUGUGACUGGUGCGCUUCACUGCGGUCAUGCCCUGGCCAAUUCCCUCCAGGAUACAUUGAUUCGCUGGUAUCGUAUGAAGUAUUCUGUUGUCGAGAAAAUGCUUUGGAAGAAGCAGAAGAAAACACGUCUCGAGAUCGGUCGUGAGGAAUUUACGAAACUUGUUUGGGAGUGGAAGGGCGAAUACCACCAACGGAUAAACAACGCCCAGAGACUCAUGGGAGGAUCCAUGGAUUGGAGCCGUGAAGCCUUCACCAUGGACGAGAAAUUAACUGCUGCAACCAUGGAAACCUUUUGCCGCCUGCAUGACGAGGGCUAUAUCUACAGGUCUAACCGUUUGGUGAACUGGUGCACUCACCUGCAGACUGCACUCAGCUCCUUGGAGGUGGAAAACAAAGAGAUUGGCGGUCGGACAAUGCUCUCUGUGCCAGGGUAUGACCGCAAGAUCGAGUUCGGUGUUCUGACGUACUUCAAGUACCCCAUUGAUGGUACGGACCUCACCAUUGAGGUUGCAACAACGCGUCCUGAGACUAUGCUGGGCGACACUGGUAUCGCUGUCAGUCCUGGAGAUCCUCGUUAUGCCCACCUGGUCGGCAAGUUCGCACGUCACCCGUUUACCAACCGCCUGCUGCCCAUUGUUGAAGAUAGUUAUGUUGACCCUGCGUUUGGUACUGGUGCUGUGAAGCUCACACCCGCCCAUGACUUCAACGACUACAAGCUAGGCGAGCGACACAAUCUCGAAUUCAUCAAUAUCUUGAAUGAGGAUGGCACACUCAAUGAGAAUGCGGGCCCAAUGUUCCAAGGACAAAAGAGGUUUGACGCACGGUAUACAGUUGUCGAGGAGCUCACCAAGCUCGGUCUGUUUGUCAAAAAGGAGCCACAUGCAAUGACCAUUCCUUUGUGCGAGAAGACCAAGGAUGUCAUCGAGCCAUAUAUGACACCCCAGUGGUGGGUCCGCAUGAAGGAAAUGGCAGAUGCAGCGCUCAAAGUCGUUGAAGAAGGCAGGAUUAAAAUAUCCCCCGAGAGCGCCAGGAAAUCUUAUGACAGAUGGCUGUCCAACAUCAACGAUUGGUGCAUUUCUCGACAACUUUGGUGGGGUCAUCGUAUUCCAGCCUACCGCGUCAUCUUCGAAGGAGAAGACCCCCGCGAGACAGAUAAGUCUGAGUGGGUCGUGGGCAGGACUGCAGAAGAAGCCCAAGCCAAGGCGCAGGCAAAGUACGCUGGGAGGAAGUUCCACUUGGAACAGGAUCCUGAUUGCUUGGAUACCUGGUUUAGCUCCGGUUUGUGGCCAAUGGCCAUUCUCGGCUGGCCAAAUACUGACAGCAGCGAUUUCAAGAACUUUUUCCCAACUAGCAUGCUGGAAACGGGUUGGGAUAUUCUUUUCUUCUGGGUCAGCCGCAUGAUCAUGUUGAGUCUCAAGCUUACCGGCCAAGUUCCUUUCACGGAGGUCUACUGCCACAGCCUCAUCCGAGACUCUGAGGGCAGAAAGAUGAGCAAAUCUCUCGGCAAUGUCAUCGACCCAUUGGACAUCAUUAGUGGGAUUGAGCUGGAGGCCCUCCAUGCCAAGCUUCUGACUGGUAACCUCAAGGAAGACGAAAUUGAACGCGCCACCAAAUACCAAAAAACGGCCUUCCCUGGAGGAAUUCCAGAGUGUGGAGCAGACGCUCUUAGGUUCACACUGCUUUCAUAUACCACUGGCGGCGGCGACAUCAACUUCGAUAUUAAAGUUAUGCACGCGUAUCGUCGAUUCUGCAACAAGAUCUGGCAAGCCAGCAAGUACGUCCUCAGCAAGUUGCCAGAGAAUUUCGUGCCCGUCUCCAAACUUGACACUUCGGUUUUGUCAGUGCCAGAGCGCUGGAUUUUGUUCCGCAUGAAUUGUGCGGUCAGGGGAAUCAACGAAGCUCUUGAAGCCCGGCAAUUUUCCACCAGCACGAAGUUGGCCUACCAGUUUUUCUAUGACGAACUGUGUGAUGUCUUCAUUGAAAACAGCAAGGGCAUCCUGAGUGACGGGACUCCUGAGCAGCAGCAAAGUGUGCAACAAACUCUUUAUCGGACACUUGAUGUUGCUUUGCGGCUCUUGCAUCCAUUCAUGCCCUUCAUCACCGAGGAAUUAUGGCAACGCUUGCCACGCAAGGCUGAGGAUGCACCUCCAUCUAUUAUGUUGGCACCGUAUCCUGAGCCAGAGGAUGAACUGGAGUUUGCGUCUGAUGCAGAGGAUUAUGAACUUGGACUCAAGUGUGCUGCUGGAAUCCGUUCGCUGGCUGCUGACUACAGCAUCCGAGUUGAUGGUCGGGCUUUCAUUAAGGUGUCAACAGCAGCUGGCUUUGAAAAGGUCAGCGCUCAGCUCCAAGCUAUCAAAACAUUGUCCGGAAAGGGAAUCUCGGAGGUUACCGUCCUGGGCCCCGAUGUAGACGAAACUGCAUUGCCCCGUGGCUGUGCAGUCUACGUGGUGUCUGCAGACAUUGCCGUCUUGCUUCAAGUCAGCACACAGAUCAAGGAUAUCGAUGCUGAAAUCAAGAAGAUCCACACAAAACUCCAGAAGACUAACAUCACUAUCGCGAAACAGCAGGAGCUGAUGAGUCGCGAAGGGUUCGAGAAGGUGAGCGAUGUGGUGCUGACUGCGGAGAAGAAGAAGUUGGCAGAUGCGCAGGCCGCCAAGGAAAACUAUGAGAGAACCUUAGCGGAAUUCAACAAGCUCAAAAUCACUGAUGGCUCACCGUGA